AUGGAUGGCCAUGAUGACGAGAGUUCUGCAAGAUUUGAGGACGACGGGAAAGCAGAGUUCGUCCGAGCAGUGGUGACUACUAUGCAAGAGGGUGAUGCAGAGGGCACGACCCAUGGGAAGCUAAAGAGGUCGAGAAUAGUUGCUAAUGCUACUGGACUGACAAUUCCAAGCAACAAGAGAACAAGUUCCGGCAUGUUUCUACGCCCAGGUCAGGAUGAGAUAGUUCAAAGAAUCGAACAGAGAAUUGCUGCUUGGACAUACCUUCCUGAAGAGAACGGUGAACGUAUACAAAUACUCCGUUAUAAAAAGGGGGAAAAGUUCGACGUGCACAACGAUUAUUUCUCUUUUGCUGUUAACUUAAGACAGGGUAAUAGGAUUGCUACUGUCUUAAUGUACUUAUCUGAUGUUGAAAAGGGUGGUGAAACUUUCUUUCCAAAAGUGGGACCUUUGCAGAAAAAGGAUGAUUCCUGGUCCUUUUGUGCAUCAACGGUUUUGGCAGUGAAACCCAAGAAAGGAGAUGCUUUGCUGUUCUUUAAUCUCAAGCCUAAUGGUGGUAUAGAUGAAUUUAGCAGGCAUGGAAGCUGUCCUGUCAUAGAAGGGGUGAAGUGGACCGCGACGAGAUGGAUUCAUGUGAUUCCCUACAACAACAAUAUCACGCUUGGUUCAAACAAUCAUUAUGUAUAUUGA